GUUUUUUCUAUCAAAACCAUGAGGGGAAUGUGAGUUGUUUUUGUCACAGGUGCAUUCAUGUCUAUGAAGGAAGAAAAAAUGAAUGGAUUGACUCAAAUUGACUCAGUCAAAAAGUCCGUUUUGGUUGAUCGCAGGGUUUGGGGAGGUGCAGUCUACAUGAGUGCGCGGUGAGGAGCAUCUGCUCCCUCCCUCCCUCUUGCUGCACCUCCUCCUUCUCCUCCUCCUCCUCCUCCUCCUGGCGGUCCUGCAGCGGCGGCUGCGCUCGCUGCUCUCGCCGGCAGCAGCGCGGACAUCUCUGGAGCAGAGAGCUGACAGAGACAGCAGAGAUCUCCUAACAAGCCGUCUCUGAGCAUCUUUACACAGCGAUCGGACUAAGAGGACCCAGGAACAACUUUGGGACUGUCAGGUUAUCUUUUUUUUCUUCUUUUUGCCCUCAUCCUCUUUGGCGCAGAUUUACAAACAGCAUUUGGCAGCCUCCUUUUACAUCCUAAGGGUUACUGCUGACAUGCAUCUUCAGGGUUGAUCUGAUGGUGUCGCUGCGAUGGACUGAACGUGUGAAGAGGAAAGGGGCAAUGAAGAGGCAGGAGGUUUCCCUAUUAAUGUCUUGUGGAGGAUUAUCAGGUUCAAGCAGCCACUCCCCAGAGGAAUAAACGUGCCCACGUUACAUAAGAGUUGCAUUGGGACCAGGGCUGAACAACACCAUGCCUCCAGCUGACUCACAGGAUGUGGCAUGAGAUGUGGAAGAAAGAUUUUUUUUUCUUUUCUUGAGACGUUUUUACCCACUCACUUCUGUGGCACCUGGAAACUGCAGAAUUUAAAUCCGGUGUGACAUGCUUGGUGAGGAUUUUAACCUCUUUUGGAUUUUAUAUGGUCUUACUUGGUUGUGUGGCUGGUUUUGAGGAGGAUCAAGAAAGUCUUGAGGUUUUCCUCCAGUCUUGCACCAACCUCACUUUGUGUCUGUUUUUUUCUCUGCUGGGAAAUGGCAUGGAUCAGAUCCGGAACAAACCACUGGAUCGGAGCACAGUUCAGCCCAGCUUCUCCUCAUGGCUCCAGGAAAGACUCAACCACACAUCCUUGCACAGCGGUCUAAUUCGGAUGCCCACCUUCAGCUCUCCCAGUGUUUCUCUUCAUCAUCCUGCGCCUUCAUCGCUGCCCUCUUCUCUUGUUCCGUACUCUUCCCUCAUCGCCUUCCCUUUAAUCUCCACCACGUCCUCUUCCACCCAAUGGGAGCCCGCCACCUCCUUUGUCCCUUUGACCCUUUCCAACAUAUCUUCUAGUGAGCUGACAGACUUGGAGAAUAUGCUGCUCUGGACCCUCCAUGAACCCAACACCAUUGCCCUGACCACCAUGUACUGUCUGUCCUUCAUUUUGGGAUUUAUUGGGAAUUUAAUGUCUCUCCGAGUGCUCACCAGCAGGCGCAGCAGGCGGCUGGCGGCAGUCAGCGCCACACGCAGCCUCCUGGUGAACCUGGCCGUGUGUGACCUUGCAGUGGUGUGUGUGUGCAUGCCCAUCACUUUGGGGAACCAGAUAUACACUUCCUGGGUGUACGGGGACCUCUUGUGUCGAGCCGUGCCCUUCACACAGGCCGUCUCCGUCUCGGCCAGUGUGCUGACGUUGACGGUGAUCAGUGUGAAUCGUUACUACAGCGUUCAAUCCCCGUUAAGAGCGCGCUCCAUGUUUACUCGCAGACGGAUAUUGGUAACCGUCGGCGUGGUGUGGACCAUAUCCUCUGUGAUGUGUGCUCCCAUUGCGGUGAUGAACCGGAGGAGGGAGAUCAGCUUUGAGACCUUCACUAUCUUGGUGUGUCAGGAGGAGUGGCCUCAGCAUCGCCUCAAACAGGGAUACAGCGUGCUGCUAUUUGUGAUGCUCUACUGUCUGCCAGUGACAUUUAACCUCACCAUCGGCUUCCUGACGGGCAGGAGACUAUGGGGAGGCAAGAAAUCAACUUUUGCUGAUCUAGAUCCACGUAGUCAAGCCCUUCACACCUCCCGUCUGAAGACGCGACAGAAAAUCGCCAAGAUGGUGGUGUGUCUGGUGCUCCUGUUUGCAAUAUCCUGGCUGCCGCUCUACUUGGUUGACCUUUGGAUCGAUUGUGAGCCAAAGCCGUCGUCCUGGCUUCUGCAGACACGGCCGUUUGCUCAGUGGCUGGGCCUGACAAACUCUAGCCUCAACCCGAUCUGUUACUGCUUCAUUGGAGAUCUGUAUCGCUCUGCGAAGGUCAUACGGACACGGUACUAUCAGAAAGUUGCCUCUCUCUUCAGCACCUCCUCAUUCUCCGGCUCGGCUGCGGUGGCCUCCCCUGCCGCAAAGAUCACAGACAGCAAAGUGACAUCAGUUGAGCGCCACCAUAUCGCUGACGCUAUGGGAGCAUCUGUCUCCAAGGUAACCAUCCCUCGGCUGUUGAGCUUAGCAAGAGGACAAAGACUGGGGCAGAAGGUUCGAGACUGCUCCGACAGCCGUGCUGGGUCGGACCCCAGCAUCUCAGACUGGUGUCAGUCCAGUCCCAGUGUGUGUGAAAACUCUAUGUUUCCUUACCAGCAGUCCUCAGAAAAGUCAGAUUUUCUGCCAGCAAGAAGGCACUCCACAAAUGAGCUUGCCGUGUCAUUACAUUUGAGAAUUGAAUCUGUGGAAAUAGACCUGCUGCCUCUGAGAAGGCAUUCAGGGGGGAGAAUUUAUAGUCUGCCAGCUGAUAAGAGGGACAUCAUUACUAUAGGUGGGGACAUGUUCUGUAACAUUGGAAGAAAUUACUCCCUCAAAGACGACAGGGACGAUGAUUCAACAAACAUGACCCAUCUAUGAACACAUCAGCAUCAGCAGAGAGGACUUUCAGGCUUCUUCUGCGAGGAAUAAAACACUUUGUCUGUUUCUCAGACUUCAAAGCAUAAUCCUUCGAAGGACCAACUGAUGGUCAUGUGAAUACGCUGACCUGCUUUCCACCCUGGCUUUCUUAUGCAUGUGGUAUUAGCUCCGCACGUCAGGUUUCUGACAAACUGAAUCCGACAUUUAAAACAGCAGGAGUGUUAUUUGGUGACUUAUCUGUAAUAAGGUUACAUUACAGCAAUGUUUCAUUACACGUAAGACAGGAAAUCACAGAAUUUCCCAUCAUCUGCUUAAGAAGAUAACUCAGUAGGGCGCCGUUUAUGGGUUUUCUCAAAAGAUGCUUCUCUUCUUCCAUCAUUGCUCUGCUGAUUGUAUUUGCAGCUCUCAGAAUCUUUGAAUAUAUCAUUUUUUUUGGCGCAGAAGACACACUGCAUGGGAGUCUCUCAUUUGUCAUCAUCAAUAUGUGUAUUGAAGUCCUAAAAUGAAGAUUUUAUUCCAAAACUUUAACACAUUAAAGUUUUUUUCGCACUCCCAAAGAUGAGUUUGUUAAUAAAUAUGAGCUACAGGAGCAAAAGAAACCCACAAAAGAAGUCUUUGUUAAAUUAUUUGUGGGAGCUGUGCAAUUUACUUAAAAUCUUUUUGAAUUUGCUCUCUCAGCACAUACUUUAUAGACUUUAUAUCUCAGUGUGCAGAAAUGCUGUACCGGUUUUCAUACACCUGGAUGGAACUUUAGUGAUAUAAAAGCAAAUAUGUCCAAUUUAAAUUGAGAAUGAAUGAAUGUACAGGCCUGAGUUAGAGCAGAAAAAGAAGAGUUGGCCAUUUUUAGUGUCUCGGAACAGGAACUUUUGAACCGGUCACUUUGUGUCUAAUCAACGCAUGCCUUGUUGAGUACAUGAAUGAACAAGGCAACAAAAAAGUGGUUUAAAAGGUUAAAAAAAGAAAAGGAACACGCACGCAACAUAAUCUAAUCUUCCCCCAGGCAGACAGAGGUGGUGAAUAGCGUGAAAUGCUGUGACAUUAAGCUGCUAAUUCUACUCAUGUCCUCACAGCCAACAUGAAGUGGAGCAACACACAUGAAUCCAGCUGCAUUCAAGCUCACAUAUUUAUUGUAUGAGACCGCCUGUUUCUUUGAAAAUGUUAAAGUCUCCUGACUGUGACAUUGUCUCGUGUCCUCUUUCAUCACUUCUUUCUACCUCAUGGUUUUGUAUUGUGUAGGAGAGCAUGUGUAAUAAAUUCUGUGCAUUUUGUGUUUAUUUUACUUAAUUUUUUUUAAAGAAAAUUAUAUUCCGGUUCAGAAUAAAACUAAAGGUCAGAUUAGAUUAUAAAGAAAAAAAUGUUUGUGAAAAAACUUUAAAGU